GUUCCAGCAGACAGUCCGAUUUAUCUUCAAGUAAGCAGAAUUUAACAAUGUUUCCCAACCUUGAGACGGGAGUUAAUGGCACAACUUGAUAUGUGAUGUCUUGCUUAGAUAAAUUUAAAGAGAGAAGUCUGCUUUAAAUGACCGAUUAGUACUUAUUUUAGCGAAGCGAAGGAAAGAUUCAGAUCGGUGCAAAAAACAUUUGAGUGUUCUUUCUGCGACAUAGUCGCGACAGCAGAAUAGUGUUUGCUUACCCGCAGACGUUACUCAUUAGGGAGCCUGACAGAAGCUGAGAUGAGGCUUGUCACCUUGGUGCUGCUUGCCGCCUGUUUUCCUCAAGUAACUUUAUUUAAAGAGAUUCCAGGCUUCAACAUCAAGAAUGUCCGUCUGGGCAAAUGUAUCCAGGCAAACAGUGAGAACAGUCGAGUUGCUCUCACUGAGUGUGAUCAAGAUUCCACACAGCAGCUCUGGAGAUGGGAUUCCCAGCUAAACUACAUUGUCAGCAUUAAAACCAACCAAUGCCUGACAGUUCCUAAACCUACUGAAUUUGGAGCUGUGAAACUGGAGCCCUGUGGUGAUCAACAAACUCAGACAUGGAAGUGCAGCAAACGUGGCCAUUUAACUCUGGAGGGCUACAGCUUACAUCUUAAUAUAAAGCACAAGACAAACAAGGUGCACGUUUCCCAUGAGAAAGGCAAAUUAAACAAGUGGCAUACAUUGAAAGAUGAAAUCAUUUGUACAGAGACCAAUCAAGUUUUGCAGCAUGAAGAUAAUCAUGUUCAAGUUUCGGAAGCCCAGACAGAAAAAGUUGAAAAAUCAACGAACAUCCCAACAACUAAUUAUACCUCAGAAUCCUUCAACGCGAUGUUUGAGAACUUCACGUACUCUAACGAAAAUGAUAAAACAGUGACAUUUAGUUACACUAAUGGAGCUACUUGGAAAAUUGUCAUGGUGGUCCUGGGUGGGAUAACAUUGGUUCUCGGAAUAAUUGUGCUGAUUCUCAAUAUCAUUCAUGACAAUAAAACGUUAAAGGCUCAAAUCGUUGCUGACCCAGAUGAGAAAACGUCGUUGACAGCAGGACACAAAUUCCAACAUGGUGCUUCUCGUUCCCCAUCUUUAAGACACGGAGAAAUACUGAUUGAAUGGAAAGAUGGCAAGAUAACAUCCCUUUUUGAUGACAAAUGAGAUCAUUGUUAGCUUAAUUAGAAUUAGGGAGAGUUGUUGUAUACAUUUGGAUGAAAUUGUCAACCAUUGGUGGAUUAAUGCCUUAAACUACAGAAUCCAUACUGUGUGAAAAUGUAUCCUGCCCAUAUUGUCUGAUUGACAUUGAAGAAUGAGUCUACUAUUUCACUUCUAUAGUGGGGGAUAGGUUGUGGGAAAAAAAUUGAAAUGGGUUAUUUAAGUUUACGCGACUAUUGAGAAUGAUUUUUAACUCUUUAAAAAUAAUCCUUACCGUAUCACAUAGGACAUAAGGUACAUUGCAGCAGAAUUAGGCCAUUUGGCCCAUGGAGUCUGCUUCUAUGUAGAAGGAAUAGAGCAGAAAGUGUGAGUCAUUUUGACUGUGCCAUUACUACUACUGUGCCCAGCCUAAAGUGUGGGAGAACUGUUAACUCCCAUAUUAGUGAAACUAUCAAUGGUAAAUGGCAAAUUAAAAAUAUGCAAAGUCCAACAAAACCUCACAGACUGAGUACCUGAGACGAAAAGAUUCGUUUGAUGGAGUAAUUUGAGCGUUAACAGUUGUUCCAUUUGUUUCAAUUUUAAGGAGAUUAUGCUUAUCCGUAGUUCCUACGACUGAUUAAUUUUUAGCAAUCCAUCAGUUGAGAUUUUGUUUCAUUAUAAUGCCUCCCUUAAUCUGCUAGUACUUAUUGCCAAGGUUCACAUGUGAACAGGGAGCAUCUGAGCCAGGAACCAAAAGGAGCAAUCCACCAGUGGUCUUGGAACUACAGAAAGUAGUCAAUGUCUCUCAGUGGCUGGGGUAGGAACGGAGGAGUUAACAAAUAUAGAGAAGCACAGGUUUUAAGUAACAUUCUGUGAAUCAAUGAUUUUUCAAAAUCAUUUUUUUGAAAAAAAAUUGAAAAUCGUUGAUCCAGGCUGAGAAUAAAGACAUUUUAUUAUCAAUACCUAUUCUCAUGUUGGUCCAUGGCCUCCUCUCAUGCCACAAUGAGGCCACCCUCAGAGUGGAGGAGCAACACCUUGUAUUCCAUCUGGGUAACCUCCAACCUGAUGGCAUAAAUAUUGAUGUCUCCUUCCUGUAAGAAAAAUGUUCCCUCCACUUCCCCACUUCUGUUCCCAAAUCUGACCCCUUACCUCUUCUCACCCGCUAUCACCUCCCCCUGGGUCCCCUCCUCCUUCCCUUUCUCCUAUGGUCCACUCUCCUCUCCUAUCAGAUUCCUUCCUCUCCAGCCCUUUUAUUUUCCUACCCACCUGGCCACACCUAUCACCUUUUAGCUGUCCUCCUUCCCCUCCUCCCACCUUUUUAUUCUGGUGUUUUCCCCUUUCCUUUACAGUCCUGAUGGAGGGUCUCGGCCCAAAACAUCAACUGCUUUUUCAUUUCCAUAGAUGCAGCCUGACUUGCUGUGUUCCUCCAGCAUUUUGUGUGUGUUGUUGAUGAUAAUCAUACUGCUGGUUCUUGACGAUUAAGGCCAGAAGUAACUGGAGACAAUCACAGCAUAACCAACCAGGUUUGUAGGUCCUGACCCCGGACUGUUUCCAAUAGACCUUCCUGAUUUAAAUCCAAGAUUAAUUAGCUUACAUUAUUGCCUUUGGCAUCAUGUGCUUCCAGGUGUCAGAAACUUGUGCAAGAACAUUGGUUCUUGUUUUAUUCUGGAAUUUUUAUUUGUAGUUAGAAUAACCUCAGCACUAAUCAUAGUUCUGCAGAAAAUUCUGCUGUAACUUUUUUUAAUAUCAAUGCUUGGUUUUAGCUUUCCUUAUGACAUGGACAGCGCAUUAUUCCACGUUAAAUUAUAUCUGUCAGAUGCAAACUUGUCAUCUUUCUUUCUCAUUGAGGGUACUAAUAGGACAUGAAUCUGUUUUCAAAGUUCAAAGUAAAAUUUAUUAUCAGAGUACUGUACAUACACGUCACCCACAUACAAUCCUGAGGUUCUUUUUUCUGCAGGCACACUGAGCAAACCUAUAGAAUAGUAACUGUAAACAGGAUCAAUGAACAACAAACUGUGCAAGUGCAGAUAUAAGUAAGUAGCAAUAAAUAAUAAGUAUGAAAUAACCAGAUAAAGAGUCCUUAAAGCCUGACCAUCGGUUGUGGGAACACCAGAAAUAGAAUGAGUGUAGUUAUCCCUUUUUGUUCAAGAGCCUGAUGGUUGAGGGGUGGUAAUUGUUCCUGAGCCUGGUGGUGUAAGUCCUGAGGCUCCUGUACUUCCUAACUGAUGACAGCAGCAGGAAAAGAGCAUGGCCUGGGUGAUGAUGGAUGCUGCUUUUAUACAGCAACGUUUCAUGUAGAUGUGCUCAAUGGUUUGGAGGGCUUUUGAUUGCUGAAUUGUGAAUAGUACCCACACGAUCCUUUUUGCAUUAAUAAUCGUUGUCUGAUACUGAGAGCAGAAAGUAUCGUACCCUCUCUCACAGGACUGUAUCUUAUUGAAGAAUCAAUUACAUGACAAGUUACAUGUAUGGCACGGCCACACUCAGGUUGGAGCAGCAACACCUCAUACUCCAUCUGGGUAGCCUUCAACUUGAUGGCAAUAGCAUCGAUUUUACUGACAUCCAACAACUUCCCCUCCCACCACCACCAUCUUUUUCCAUUUCCCACUGUGGUUGCCCUCUUGCCCCAUCUUUUCUCCUCAUCUGCCCAUCGCCUCCCACUGGUUCCCCCCCCCCCCCACCAACCCUUUUCUUUUCUUCCAUGGCCCACUGUCCUAUUAGGUUCUUUCUCCUUCAGCCCUUUUCCUCUUCCACCAAUCACCUUCCAGCUUCUUACUUCAUUCCCCCUCCCCCACCCAGCUACCUUCUCCCUCACCUGGUAUCGCCUAUAAUCCACCAGCUUGUACCCCUUCCUCUCCUUCCACCUUCUUAUUCUGGCUUCUGUUCCCCUCCUUUCCAGUCCUGAUGAAGGGUCUUGGCUCAAAACGUCAUCUGUGUACUCCCCUCCAGAAAUACCCUCUGAGCUCCCCCAGCACUUUGUGUGUGUUGCUCAAGAUUUCCAGCAUCUGCAAAACCUCUGGUGUUUAAUCUUUAACACUGGUAUGAAAGAAAGAGAAUUACAGUUCUGCUCUGUGUUCAGUUAUUUUUCUCCAACAAGAGUCACAUGGUAACCUCCAGGGAUGGGAUGCACCUACAGUUUUGGACUAUACGGAACCGGACCCCCUGGGAGCACCUCACAGCCACUGCACAGAACACAGCUGAACCAAGAAUUCCUCCAGCACAUGGCUCUAUAACACAGGUUGAGUUUAUGUAAGAAACUAGAAAAAGUUUCACAUAUUCAAUAUGAAAGAAAAAGACAAUUGAAAUGCUUAUCUAAUAAAAAAAAUACUUAGAAAUAAAAAAAUGUUAUCUUCUAAAUAAGGAGAAGAGCUGUGUUGCUGGAUUCUGAUAUACUUUGGGUGACUUGUACAAAUGUGUUAUAAGAAAUGCUGCAAACCAAUAAACCUGAAUUAGAAAAUAACAAUCUUUUGAACAUAUAACUGAGGUGAAAAACUAAACAUGUUUUACACUUUUAUAAGAUAUGUCCAGAUUUCUGAAUAUGUCAUUAAUUCUGAAAACAAUAGUUCCUGUAAGAACUGGCAAUAAAAAUUAUAGUUUAUAGAAUGUAGUAAUUUGUCUUUAUGUACCUUACAA